AUGACUCUAAGGGAGAGACUUCUACAUGAGAACUUGCAGAUCAGCCUUUCAAAUCCAGGUCUUGUAUUUUUGUUAGUCACCUCACAGUGUACAACAGAGAGAGAAUCGACUCAUCGCAUGGAGUAUGCUUUACAUAAACCACAAGACAGUGAUUGUCAGAAAAUUCCUCUAAUUAUUGCCAACCUUGGAAUGUCAGAGCAACAAGCAUACAAAACCUUAUCUGGAUCAUGUGUGUCUCUUGGAUUCAACCAAGCUGUUAAAAAGCAUAGCUUGGACUUUUUUCACAAAGAUGGAACUGUAAAGGAAGUUAGUAAAAUUACAGCUAUGUGUACAAGUCUACAGGAGGAACUAAAGGAAACUUGCUCUCGUGUUGUAGAAAGUGAAUAUUCUGUGGAGCAACUGCUACAACAAGUUCACCAACUAAAACAGCAAAUUGCAGAAAAGAAAAAGCUUCUUAACAAAGGUAAUUUUAAAUUUUCUAAUACUGCUCAAGAAAAUAUUUUCCUGUGUCAGGCUUUGCGCCAUUUUUUCCCUCACUCUGCUCUUCUGCAGUCGUGUUGCCUCACUUUAAAUGGUAAACUAAUACCAUACAACUGUAAUACUUACCAUAAAACCGCAGAGAUGGAUAAACUUACCUUAAUGAUCGAAGAAUGUGACCUGCCAGAAGUAUGCGUCAGGAAAGCUGGCAAGCGAAAGAGACUACCACAGAAAAAGAGAGCUGGUUUUCCAUUUACAAGGACAAGAGCUUCUGCACGAGAAGCCAACCACUAUGAUGACAGAAUAUUGUUAAAUAGUGGUACAGAAACAGAAGAUGACUCACAACAUUUAACAAUGGACUCUUUAGCUUCACAAUCGCCAACAUUUUAA